AUGGAUUCAGCAGCUACUCAGGAGCUGUGGGAGGAGCCAGGGUCAGCCGUUGGAGCCGAGGACACCAUUAGAACCUCCGAACCAGUAGCAGUAGCAAAAACAGCAGAAGAAAUGGAUACCGAAGCAACAGCAACAGCAGAAGAAGGGGCAUCGACAUCAGCUUCAAUUGCAGUUAAUGCAGCUAUGGACAGCGCAGUCAGCCACGCAUCUGGGGAGAGUGUCUGUAAGGAGUCUGUGUUACUAUCGGGCUCUUCCAUGAAGAAGAUUGCUGACCUAGCCGAUGCCUGGAUUACAGAAUGCACUACGAGUCGCUCCUGUCGUCAUCACCUUGAAAAUGCCGAGCAGGUACAGAUAGUUGUCUCAGACCUGCGCGAUAGCAACACAGCUCGGCCAGCAAUCACAGCGGGUGGUGUUGUUUGGAAGAAAACAGGUCCAGCAACGGCACAAGCGGCUUCCAAACCAUCAGUGAGAAGCAGUACCAAUAGUCUGCGCAUGCCGAAAGCUCAGGACCAGCCAACUAAGAAACCUGACACCGCUGGUAGUAAUAUCACUCGCUCAUCUGAGGUUGGUGCAGCAGCUGGCUCUGCUGACAACAAGAAUUACUGCAGAUGCAACCAGCAAGAUUCGCGGUACGCUCUGCUCAAAGCUGCCAGCCAGAGUGGCCCUACCGCAGGUCAGGCAGCUCGGAAUGCAGACACCAGGCGUAUCAAACAUAUGCAUCCAUCAAUCAUAGUACCGACCGCUGCAUAUAGCGACCUGUGUCGGCAGAAGUCUAGUGGAGAAAAAGCUUUGGAUAAGAUGCAGACGCCCUGGGAGAACAAGAUACCCAACUCUCAGCCUGUUCUAGAUCAUGUGCCUUCCUCAAAUGAGACAGAAUCAUCGAGCAACCACUUUGCAGGCACAGAGGACCAACCUCAAGAGGACUUGACCUUAGCUGAACAGGAUAAUGCGUGCCCGCCAGCAACCAUCUCCAAACCCAUUCAGCCGACAUCUGUUGCAGAUCACGUCAGCGAGCCCCAAUAUCCUAUUCUCGCCAACUCCAUGCACCGAAAUCCAGCUCAUGUCAGUUUCCUGGAGCAGCAAUGGCCAUCAAAUGCUUUGGCUCCGCUCCAGUCACUCUCCGGUGUUACUGGCAAUGCUACGGAGCACCGGCUUGACGAUUUUAAUGCCCAUGCUCUGCAGGGGUUCCCCGCACCUAGAAAUUUCUAUGCGACCGGCGAUUACUAUGCAACUGGGCUAUCCGAUACUUUCAUGGAUGUUGACACGGAAUCCUUCAGCAGUUCAUAUACUAUGGACGUCGAUAUGGGGAAUGCUGAGUCCGGGUAUGUAAUAGAUGUUGACGAACAUGGAGUAGCCUAUACUAAUACCCCACAAGAUACUGGCGAUACAAUGGACAUCAGUGAGGGUGAUAUGGCUGAGCACAGGCUGCUAUCUCCAGCAGCUGGCAAUGUGUGCCAAUCAACAUAUGGCGCUACUACAGAUGACAAUUUCUCUAAAGCUGAAUGGUUCAUCUAUGGACAGAGGCCCAACCCGCUACACCAAGAGCAGCCAGCCCCUGGCCCUGUCGCCUUGAGUCAUUCGUGGUACUCGGCACACCCUACCCAACAGUUGCUCUUAGCCCCACCACCAUCUCAGUCAGCUGUACUCUUGCGCCAAUCACUGCCAGGACUCAGCAUGGUUUGUGGGGGGCAAAGUUAUAGUGUCACCGGAGUAAGGGGCGGCAUUACAAGGGGCAGCACACCGCCAGUGCAAAUAAUGUCGCAGGCAACGAAUGUCCCUGAGUACGACCCAGCUAUGCCAGGCUUUGCUUGGUCUCGGACUCCAACACCACAGGAACCAUAUCGGCAAGGUGAUUAUACCAGCCAGUAUAACCAGCCAGGGUGGACUGUCGAUGAUGGCGAGCAUCAGUCGGAGAAUACUAGCCCAGCUAACAUUGCCAGAAAUGGACGCGACUCCUCAUCAUGUGGGAAUCUGGUCGUACACAUUCAAAAUGGACCCGAGGGCACACUAGUACUGGCCCAGGCAGGUAAUGGUGAUAAUGCCAAUGACCAUGGGAAUGAUGAUGAUGAUGCAGACGAGGAGGAGGAGAACAUCGUUUCAGCAAUAAUGUCCUACGACGAGGACACACCGCAACUUGGCAUAGAGCCAGACUUGCUAGCUGAUGCCUACAGUGCUGGUCUAGAUAGUCUAUUUGCUGGCUAUAAUCAGGAAGAGGUAAUGAGCACCAUCCCAGUGGUAUUACCAAAUGUUAGUAUGUUAAUGCAACAUGCGCUGGUCGAUUACCAGAGCCAAAGGCUACAGGCAAGUGAUUUGGACACCUAA